AUGGCUUUGAAAGAGCACUCUGUGGAGUUUGAAUGUCACGCAGAAGGAUGGUACCCUCUGCCCACUCUGCACUGGCUCCUCAACGGCAAACAGUCUCCGCUCACCGCCCUCUGUGUUUGGGCAGUCUCCGCUCACCGCCCUCUGUGUUUGGGCAGUCUCCGCUCACCGCCCUCUGUGUUUGGGCAGUCUCCGCUCACUGCCCUCUGUGUUUGGGCAGUCUCCGCUCACUGCCCUCUGUGUUUGGGCAGUCUCCGCUCACUGCCCUCUGUGUGUGUCAGUCUCCACACACCGCCUUCUGUGUUUGUCAGUCUCCACACACCGCCCUCUGUGUUUGUCAGUCUCCACACACCGCCCUCUGUGUUUGUCAGUCUCCACACACCGCCCUCUGUGUUUGUCAGUCUCCACACACCGCCCUCUGUGUUUGGGCAGUCUCCGCUCACCGCCCUCUGUGUUUGUCAGUCUCCACACACCGCCCUCUGUGUUUGUCAGUCUCCACACACCGCCCUCUGUGUUUGGGCAGUCUCCGCUCACCGCCCUCUGUGUUUGGGCAGUCUCCGCUCACCGCCCUCUGUGUUUGGGCAGUCUCCGCUCACUGCCCUCUGUGUGUGUCAGUCUCCACACACCGCCCUCUGUGUGCGGACAGUCUCCACACACCGCCCUCUGUGUUUGGGCAGUCUCCGCUCACCGCCCUCUGUGUGCGGACAGUCUCCACACACCGCCCUCUGUAUUUGGGCAGUCUCCGCUCACCGCCCUCUGUGUUUGGGCAGUCUCCACACACCGCCCUCUGUAUUUGGGCAGUCUCCGCUCACCGCCCUCUGUGUUUGGGCAGUCUCCGCUCACCGCCCUCUGUGUUUGGGCAGUCUCCGCUCACUGCCCUCUGUGUGUGUCAGUCUCCACACACCGCCCUCUGUGUUUGGGCAGUCUCCGCUCACUGCCCUCUGUGUGUGUCAGUCUCCACACACCGCCCUCUGUGUUUGGGCAGUCUCCACUCACCGCCCUCUGUGUUUGGGCAGUCUCCGCUCACCGCCCUCUGCCCUCUGUGAAGGAAAGGCCCACAGAUCCUGCAGGAGCUCACUCAUGUUUUACUCAGAGUUUGAGAGGCUCCGUGUGGACACAGCUCUCAGUCUGCAGGACCCAGAGGAGAAAGAACAGAACCUAGAGCCAGCCACACUGAACAAACCAAGCAUUUAA